CCUCAUCCAUCCAAGUACCACCGACAUGGCGGAGCAUCAAUACCAACAAUUCCGAAAGGCUGGCAUUAUUGAGAGAGUUUGUGUCAGAAUUGCUUCUACCUUUGCAAACAAUGGCAGCUCGUCCUGCCAUGUGAGUCUGCAAGACAUUCGAGACGUGUUUCCAGAUGCACAACGAUUCAAACUGGAGGAACUUCCCAUUCCAUUCCUCAUAGACCCUAAUGGGAACAGAGUCGAGCCACCAUGCAUUGCAUUUUAUCCUUACAAGAUCCUGGAUGUCAUUACAGAAGCGCCACAGUUAGGCAACAGCAAUAGCAGCAGCAGCAGCACUGAAGCUAGCAGUGCCAACACCAGCAGCACCAACACCAACACCAACACCAACACCAACACCAGCACAAAUACCAACACCGACAAUACCAACAGCAAUAGCAACAGCAAUCACAGUGCCGCCAUCCACUUGCCUACAUUCAGAAAGUCAGCAAAGUAUGCUCGGGAUACUCUUUCACCAUUGUCAAACUUGAUCCAAUCUUUCAAUUCACUCCUUACUACUCGCAACAAUGCAUAUAUCGAGGUGGUCAACUUUAACCUUGAGAAGGUUGCGGAUUUGCUCUUGGAGGCCGAAGAGAAGGACGACAAGGUGGCUAACCUGCUUUUGGAAACCAAAGAGAAGGACAGCGAGAUGUUUAAACUGCAAGAGAAGAUGCUUAAACUGCAAGAGGAGAUGCUUAAACUGCAAGAGGAGAUACUUAAACUGCAAUUGGAAGCUAAGGAGAAGAAUGAAAAAAUGCAGCAUCAAAGCCUCGACAAACUUGCCUUGCUUCAACAGCAUGUUGAUGCUAUUCUCACCCAGAAUGCUGGACUUCACGAAUGUCUAUUUUCCCGACUAUUUAUCAUUUUACCUGUCGACCACACCAAGUGGGACCCAAUGAAUGUCUUGAAGAACAAGCUCCGUGUUCAUUUCCUAUGUGAAUGUGGAGACCACACUACAAUGACAAGCAAGAGUAGUCAGAGUCAACUCCAUAUUGCCAAUCAUGAUGGAUACGAGAUCCGAGACAGCGCGAGAUUCUUCCGCAAGUAUGGAAAGCACAUAUUCAUCCUCUUGCAGUGGCUCAAGCUAGGAAUGUCCUCGUCUACAUCUCUGGCACUAUCCCAAGAUUCGAUAGAUGCCGGUAUCGAUUGUUCAAUCGACUAUAUGGAAGCACUCUCUAAAGAGGACCCAACCUUGAACAGCAUUACUACAAUCGAUGACUAUGAUGACCUGAACGGAUCUGAUUUUCAAAAUAUGAGGACAACCCUUCGAGUCAAUGAUGAAAGCAGGCAAUUUGGGGAUAUGUACAGGAUCAUGACCGAAACAGGCCGCACCAAAUGGGUUUGUCUCGACCACUGUCGCUCGAUGUAUGAAGAAAAAGAACAGAAGGCAUUUAUAAAUGCAGUGAAAGUGAAUAGUGGCAAAUAUAACUCGCAUCUUGGUAAAUUAACUAUCACAUUGGAGUCCAGAGAGAGAGCUAAAGAGCUCUUCGAUGCACUAAGCAGUUCAAUACGAGUUUACGAGUUGGAUAUCACAUUUGACUGGGAUUGGACUGAGAUUGAUCUUGAAGCAUUUGAGAGUGCUUUGGCAGUGUCGAGUGUAUCGAAUCUUCGACUUGGACUUGCACGGACUCAAGGAAACACCGAGAUAAAAGCACCUUCAACAUCCGGGCGAUAUGAAAGACUUAUUCGAAUCAUGGAGCUCAGUAAUAUGAAAACAAUCCAUAUCGCUCUAUCUCAGGAUCUCAUAAAGCUUCUCAGUUUACGGCCCAGAAGAUCGUCACGCCUUCAUAAGCUGACAUAUGAGAUGAAGGCUCAAUUGACUGGAACCAUUGAAUUACAAGGAGUUGUAAAUUCACUCAAGACUAGCACGACAUUGACGAUUUUGAACUUGAGUAGCGGCUCAAUCGGGGGUGAAGGGACUCUGGCGCUGUCAGGAGCGCUCAAGGCUAAUACUAGUUUGACAACUUUGAACUUGAGCUACAACAGAAUUGGAAAGGAAGGAGCUCUGGCAUUGUCAGAGGCACUCAAGGUUAACACUAGUUUGACGACAUUGGACUUGAGCUACAACAGAAUUGGAAAGGAAGGAGCUCUGGCAUUGUCAGAGGCGCUCAAGGCCAAUGCAACUUUGGCGACGUUAAGCUUGAGUAGCAACUCGAUUGGAAAGGAAGGAGCUCAGGCAUUGUCAGAGGCACUCAAGGUUAACAAUAAUCUGUCGACUUUGAGCUUGGGUGACAACUCGAUUGGAAAGGAAGGGGCUCUGGCACUGUCAGAGGUGCUCAAGGCCAAUGCAACUUUGGCGACGCUAAGCUUGUGGGGCAACUCGAUUGGAAAGGAAGGAGCUCUGGCAUUGUCAGAGGCGCUCAAGGCCAAUGUAACUUUGAUGACUUUGCACUUGGGUGACAACUCGAUUGGAAAGGAAGGGGCUCUGGCACUGUCAGAGGUGCUCAAGGCCAAUGCAACUUUGGCGACGCUAAGCUUGUGGGGCAACUCGAUUGGAAAGGAAGGAGCUCUGGCAUUGUCAGAGGCACUCAAGGUUAACACUAAUUUGACGACUUUGAAUUUGAAUGCCAACUCAAUUGGAAAGGAAGGAGCUCUGGCAUUGUCAGAGGCACUCAAGGUUAACACUAAUUUGACGACUUUGAAUUUGAAUGCCAACUCAAUUGGAAAGGAAGGAGCUCUGGCAUUGUCAGAGGCGCUUAAGGUCAAUGCAACUUUGACAGUUUUGGGCUUGGCGGUCGACUCGAUUGGAAAGGAAGUAGAUCUGGCAAUUUCGGAAGCACUCAAGGAAAACACGGUUUUAACUCAAUAAGUAAGAACGCCUUAGGCGUCAAAUAAGGGACACCGAUGCUGUUAGACAUACUCAGGACUGACUGGUCAACAUUGGAUCGUUUUUGGGAUACUUGAUUGAUUGAUAGUUGAAAUAGUUCUGGAAUAGUUAAAGAAAAUAGUCUGGUUUAAAUAAAAAGCUUGCUUGUAACAGCC